AGACCUUCCGUAUCGCACCCACACGACACGACCCAGCACCCCGCGCGCCGCCACCCGCCGGCUGCUCGUCCAGCGCCCCUCGCCGCCCUUACCCAGCGCGGCUGCGCCCCUCGCGGCCUCACGCCUCGGCUCCUCGCCGGCUCGCCCAGCGCGUGAGGCGCGCAUAGCGCUAGCGCCCCUCGGCUCCUCGCCCAGCGCGGCAAGCGGCGGCGCAGCACGCCGGCUCUCCUCGGCCCUUGCCUCGCCGGCCGCGUUCCAGAGAUUCCCAGUGCGGCCAGCCGCUCUUGCCCCUGCGGCAACAUCGGGGCGGACCGUAGGCCGACGGCGACGGCGAUGGCGGGGUCGGCGGCGGGGAGGUGGAAGCGCGCGGCCGUAGUUGUGCUUGGGGACAUUGGCCGUAGCCCGCGCAUGCAGUACCACUCCCUCUCACUCGCCAACCAGGCUGGCAUGGAGGUGGACAUUGUUGCUAAUGGAGGAAGUGAUCCUCACCUGUCAUUGAGAGAGAAUCCUUCAAUUCACAUCCACGAGAUGAAAACAGUGAAGUUAACUGGAAUUUCAAAGAUAUCUGGUGCCCUGGCACUUCUACUUAAAGCCGCUAUCCAGUUUGUUAUGCUGGUUUGGUUCCUUUGUUUUAAGAUUCCUCGGCCUGAUGUUCUUCUUGUUCAGAAUCCACCCUCUGUUCCAACACUCGCUGCUGUAAAACUGGCAAGCUGGCUAAGAGGUGCUAAAUUUAUUGUGGAUUGGCAUAACUUUGGAUAUACAUUGCUGGGAUUAUCUCAUGGCAGAAGUCACAUCAUAGUCAAAAUCUAUUUCUGGUUUGAGAAGCACUUUGGGCAGAUGGCUGAUGGCGCCUUUUGUGUAACAAAAGCGAUGCAGCAUGAGCUUGCCCAAAAUUGGGGUGUCAGAGCGACUGUUCUUUAUGAUCAAUCUCCUGACUUUUUCCACCCUGCUUCAUUGAUGGAGAAACAUGGGUUGUUUAGCAGGUUAGGGAAUACCAUUUGCAGUGCUAUGGGCAAUGUUGAUUGCAUAUCAGUGGAGAAAGAGGUGCAAGACAUGAACACUACUGUCUUUACCAGUAAGAAUGAUGGCAAAAUUUUCCUGAAGCCUAACAGACCUGCACUUGUUGUGAGCAGCACAAGCUGGACACCGGACGAAGAUUUCAGCAUACUUCUGGAAGCAGCACUGAUGUAUGAUAGACGUGUUGCUGCAACUUUAGGUGAAGAUGAUUCAAUGGAUGAGGGGCAACUUUGGAUCGAUAUCAAGAAUGGAAAACAAUUUGGCUAUCCAAGAUUAUUGUUCAUUAUCACAGGUAAAGGACCAGAUAGGAAAAAAUAUGAGGAUCAGAUAAGAAGGUUGAAGUUGAGGCGUGUUGCCUUCCGGACGAUGUGGCUCGCAUCAGAGGACUACCCUUUAUUGCUUGGGUCAGCUGAUCUAGGAGUGUCGUUACAUACAUCUUCGUCAGGGCUGGACCUACCUAUGAAGGUGGUUGAUAUGUUUGGAUGUGGAUUGCCAGUUUGUGCUGCUUCUUUCUCCUGCAUUGAGGAACUUGUAAAAGUAAACAAAAAUGGUCUUCUUUUCUCAACAUCUUCAGAGCUUGCUGAUGAACUUAUGAUGCUCUUUAAGGGGUUUCCAGAAGAAUGUUAUGCCUUGAAAUCCCUCAAAGAAGGUGCCAUGGACACAGCGUCGACUUCCAAAUGGUCAACAGAAUGGGAAACUAAUGCACUACCUUUGGUGAACCAGGUCUGUGGAUAAGAUGUGUGCUAACAUAUACAGUAUAAGACGGACAGUUAUUUAUUUCAGAGAAUCAGAGAUAGGUGUACUCGACUACUGGAGUGAGCAGAUGUGCAUCAAAACUCAAAGGUUCUCUUUGCUUUCACCAGCUGCUGCGAGGAUCAGUUGUUAUGAUGUGCGUCCCUUUAGCAAAUCCAAUUCAGUGAUUCUAGUGAUACAGUACAAGGCUCUUUCCUUUCAAGAUCGGAAAAUGUACUCUUUGCUGAGCACAUGUCUAAAUUGUUUCAGGAUGUAUAGUUGUAUACAACAAUAGAUUGUUUGAUGUGGUAUCAUGUUGGAAUGUCUCCAGUCUGUUGCGUGGUAAGCGAAAACAUAGAAAACCAUAUUGUUUUCUAUGGCGUUGAAGGCCAUCUUGUAAGUUGUAUGAUGAUAUGCAGGCAGGCAUGUACCAAACAAAGUUGUACAAGUCGUUCUCCUUUUUGCUUCCGUCCAAGUUCAGAUCUCUAACACGAUGUCUGGGGAAUUGAAAGGACGUGUCAGAUUUUUUUUCAGAA